AUGAUAUUAGAUGCGUUAACCAUGAAAAGGGGGGAAUUUUUUAUGAGAAGCAGCUGUGACAGUGACACGUUUUACGCCUUACAUUUCGGACAACCAAGCUGUCAGUGUGAGAGUUGGAGGAAAACUCAGUACCCUUGUAAACAUUUCUAUGCGAUUUUCAAUUUCUUCGAAGAGUGGAAUUUUUCGCGUCUCCCUGAAUUCUACAAAAAUAGCGUGUUUAUUACCCUUGAUACAGAGCAUUUAACGACUGCACCAACGGACGUUACAACAGACGAACAACCAUCGCAAAGCUUGGUGGAUUCUUUCGCUAAUGAUCGUAAUGGGAGCAACGUUAAUCUAGAUAGCAAAACAAAGGCCUGUGCUGAUCAUAGCGAUAUUACUGAAAGUGAUAGUCUUUGGAAAGUUAAUAGCUUGGAAGAGCCACCUCAGAAAGAGGAGAGAGAAAUUUCAAAUCCACUGAAACUUAGAAAGCUUCUUUUGGGGAAAAUAGAUAGUUUGAAAAAUCUCAUUUUCCUUAUCGAUGACGCGAAUGUUCUUCAAAAUGCAACUUCAGCCGUUGAUGCCAUCCUUGCCAACGUUCAACAACACUGUCCUGAACAAAAUGGUAUUCCUCUAAGACAAAGUCCCGUGAAGAAAAAGUUGAAGAAAACAAGUGUGGAUUACCACAAGGUGUUCCAUAAGAAACUGCCAAUGCGAAAAAAGUUCUCAAAGAAAGCAACGAAUGUGCGCCUUAUCGACUUAACCGACGAAGAAUCAACGACACCUAUAACAACAGAAGAAGUAAGUAACCCUGUUAAUUGUACAGUCUGUUAUCUGUUUUGCUGUUUCUUUUAUCCAUUGUGUUAUUUUAUCCAUUUCAUUUUCGUUUUAUCCAUUGCGUGUUUUUAUUCUUUUGCUUAUAUGUUAGCCCAAAACUGUAGAAAUCAGAAUUCCCCGCGGUCAUGCAAUACACCCUUCCGGAAAGUAUGUCACUUUGGCUACAGAGCCUCGUUUUCGUGUUUUUGACAUUAGCUAAGUCCCAACGUCGCAAUCAUGAAAACGAGGCUCUAUAGCAACGAUGACGUAUUUUUCGGAAGAGUAUAUUGGUGGUUUUAACCCAAGCCUUUGGUUUCCUCAAAUUUUUGAACUUCCUUUAUACAGAUUGACUCGAUAUUUAACAUCUGGAACAAGGAGUGAUGCCGAAGAUCGAUAUCCUUCUGGACGGCAGUCUGGUACUCUGGUGAUAUACAGUUGACAGAGUCCGAGGUAUCCCCCAAGCCUCCAUUCAGUAGGUAAGAAAAAACAAGUUAUUGUGACCAAUAUGUGAAUGAAAGAUUCUACAUUGUAUAUAUCGUACACGAAAAUGAUACAACUUUUCUACUUUGUUUAUAGUUUCUUGCAUGACAAUCUGCAGCUGCAAAAAUGUGACCCUGUAUCCAUUGUCAACUCGAGCAAACUACCAUUAAGGGCCAGCGAUGCCGUGCUAGAUAUUGGCCCAUUCAAAGUAACACUUUCCGACUUAUGCACCACCCUACAGCCUGAGACUCUAUGUGCACCUGUUGCAACACAAAUAAAGGAGAAAGUACCUGGAUUUGUGCCAGGAUGGAAGUACAUAUAUUAAAAUUAAUUCUAAAACUGCCACAUAAGGUAUACUGUAAUUGCUUUUGAACACACCCCAACAAGAUGAAAAACUAGACCAUUGGUUUCGGCAACAAGAAAAUGAAAUUUCAAUGGAUACCCUGUAUCGGAGAAAAACAAAAAAGAAAUUAAAAUGAAAUAUAUGUAAAGGUAUUUCAUGAUUCAGGGACGUGUACAGCAAGGGAGGGGGGGGGCAUGAGCAGGAGGGGCAACUGCCCCCCCCACCCUAGAGAAAAUUAUGGCCUUACUCCCCCCUCCUGGUGAAAAAAUCCUGCAUACAGCCCUGUCAUGAUUGCACUGACAAAUUUAAUCAGUACAAUGUAAACAGGACAACAACGUGCGACGGUGCUAUAUGCGAAUUUGUUCUGUAAUGGAUCAUAUGUACAGAACAUCGAAUUUCAAGUUAUAUUAUUUAUAACUAUAUAGCAUUGUAAUGCACCAGUCAAUGUAACCCCCCCCCCCCCAACCCCGGGGCUAUGCGGGAUUAGCGGGGCGUUUGCACUCACUUCUGUUUUCUUUAUGUGUGAAUCCAAUUUUUUAUUCGCUGAACGUGUUCCAAACUAAAUUGUGAGUUUCCAAAGUAGCAUUUUAUCCGCAGAAUUUAAAAAAGAAACGCAAUUAUGCGGACUACACUAUUUAGUUGAACUGAAAUACAAUCCUUAUGAAAGGGAUUCAGAAAAUCUGAACCCUGCAACAUGUAAAUACACAAAAUUCUACAAAAAUGACAAAUCUAGCUCGACGAGACACGGGAUUCAGAAUUUCCGACCCCUUACAAGAAAUACUAGAGUGAAUGCUAAGGGUUCAGAAUUUCUGAAGGCUUUAGGCCCCAAUAUUGUAAAAAGGUGUCAGAAAAUCUGAACCUGCAAAAAUGAUAAAUCUCGAGACGCAGGGUUCAGAAUUUCUGACCCCCUCAGAAGCCAAAUACUAAAGUGAUUUCUGAAGGCUUUAAUUAAGUCCCAAUAUUGUAUAAAGGUAUCAGAAAAUUUGAACCCUGCAACAUAGAAUUACGCAAAUCAUUAAAAAAUGAUAAAUCUCGAGACGCAGGGUUCAGGAUUUCUGACCCCCUUAGAAGCCAAAUACUAAAGUGAUUUCUGUAAAAAGAUGUCAGAAAAUCUGAACCCUGCAACAUAGAAUUCCGAAAAAUCAUGCAAAAAUGAUAAAUCUCGAGACGAAGGGUUCAGAAUUUCUGACCCCCUUAGAAGCCAAAUACUAAAGUGAUUUCUGCAGGCUUUAGGCCCAAUAUUGUAGAAAGGUGUCAGAAAAUCUGAACCCUGCAACAUAGAAUUCCGCAAAAUCAUGCAAAAAAUGAUAAAUCUCGAGACACGGGGUUCAGAAUUUCUGAUCCCCUUAUACAAGCCAAUAGGUCCUAUUAGAAGCCAAGUACUAUAAGUUGAUAGAAAAAAGUUACGAUGUACAGGUGCAUGCCAGGUUUAGAAACCGUUUAAUUCUUGAAAUAAUAUAAAUAUAUAAACAUGAAAGUCAAGUACUCUAUUUACAUCUACAAAUUCAACAGUCUUAUAAUUGUUUUACUUGCCAUCCAUCAGCUUUCUGAAGUUUCUUUUCGUGACGAAUUCUUCAUCAUCAGAUUGGACAAUACAAAGACCAUUUCGCUUGAUACCAACUGCAGCAACAACUGCAUUGCCUGUAAUAAGUUACAAAUACUGUAUAUUAGAGCGGUAUGUUUCUAAAUAAUUACGUUUUAUGUAUGUAUAUAUAUAUAUAUAUAUAUAUAUAUAUAUAUAUAUAUAUAUAUAUAUAUAUAUAUAUAUAUAUAUAUAUAUAUAUAUAUAUUAUCAAUAUAUGCAGGUAAUUCAAUUAAGACUGUUCUUCCAAACAGUAAGACCGGAGCUUGAACCUAGUAUUCAGAGUAUGCCAGAGAUCAAUAAUCCAUUAUCCCUUUCGCAAUCAGAGUUUAAAGUUUAAGUUUUUGAAAGAGAACCUUAAUCGAAUCAUAUGUACAAUGCAUUUAUGUAUAAUGUAUAUUACUGCAUAAGCAUGGACAGUACUCACUGUAAAGUAACAAAGCGUUCCUGUCGUACUGUAGCUCAACAAGCAUUAAUUACUAUAGGGUACCUUGUGAAGAGUUGAUAUCGAAGACCCAGUCACCUUCAUGGCUAAACAUUUUUUUCAAACACUCAUUAAUAAUUCAUAAGCUUAUUGACAAAUCAUGUCAACCAUAAUAGGUCAUGUGCAGUGGCUUUAAACAUGAUAAAACACUCCUAAUUAGUAUUCUUUAUAUAAAGAAUACUAAUAAGGCAGUAUCUAUUGUAGUCGUGUCCUCAUUAGUAUUCUUUAUAUAAAGAAUACUAAUAAGGCAGUAUAUCUAUUGAAUUUGUAGUCGUGUUUGAAGCCGUUUAAUAAACUCGCAGGUCGUGUUUUUUCAGGUCCUAAUUUGAGGUCCAUUCUAAAUCUAAUAAAACACUCCUGCUCGUUUAUUAAACAGUACAUUAGAAAAUUUAACUAAUAAUAUACAUAAAGAUAUUACUCGACUGUGAUUGGUUGAUUUCAGGGCAAUUAAUCCCAAACAGCAGUGCAAUUUUCUGUUAUCACAGUGCAAUUUUCUGUAAUCACAGUGCAAAAAUCUGUAACAAACUGAUCUGAUUGGUGGAAAAACAUUGUGAUGGUUAAAUCAACCAAUCAGUUUAAAGCAAUUUAGUUUAUUAAAGAAGUAACGGUCACAGAUUGCUUCAAAACAAAACAAAUAUGGCGCCGCGCUACACAAAGUAAAAGUUGCCUUUGCGUGGAAAAUAUGGCUUUUAUCUUUAUUUUUAAAUGGAAAAGUAUUUACCUUAAACAAGACUAACAAAAAUUACAUAGUUGAGUGGAAUUUUCAAGCUGUUAGCGUUGUAUAAUGUGAUAUAACAAAGCCAGGAAACUUUGCCAGUGGAAUGUUCGCUAUAAACGCGUAAGUUAAAACUACAAUUGUCUCGAACAUUUUUAUGUAAAUUAUUAAUAAGUAAUAGCAUGGUUUCUCGUGAAAUUUGGAUAAACAUGCACUCGUGAGUUUUUCAAAAACCUCAAAUAGCACUCGUCCUUCGGACUCGUGCUAUUUUGAGGUCUUUGAAAAACUCACUCGUGCAUGUUAUAUCCAAAUUGCACUCGAAACCAUGCUAUAUACCUAUACUAACCACAUUCAUUCGUCUGUCCUUGAUUAAUUAAAUUUGAUGGGCAACUGUCACCAAAGUUGAAAUGAUCAGGCAGUAACUUAAUUAUCACCAACAGAAGCAUGGCACACCGUAAAAGCACGAACCGACUGCACCAUAGCGAGGUUUCCUAAACCACAGGUAAUAGAUUAUAGACAGUGCAGUUCACGAAUAACGUGGGGUGCAUUGCCAGUCAAUGGGUUAAUAAGAGAAAUUCACAGAUAGGGAAUGUUAGCACAUUAAGCUCCCAGACGUACUCUGACACCUUGACAAGUAAAAUCCUCUGGCGUUAGACAAAGUAAAAGAAUAAAGUCGGACGCAUUUGGGCACAUUGUCAAUCGUUAAAAUCUUCCUCUUUUAAAUUUACGCCAUAUAGGGACUUCUUACGUUUGAUAGCAUUUAAUAAGUCCGGCUUUUUAUUCAUGCAUGGUGGUUUAUUUCGAUUCCGGACUUUGAUUUUGGGUUUUUUCGCCUGAUAACUCCCAGGAUCAUAUCCGUCCAGAUUUCCCAUAGAUUAUCGAGAUCCUCUUGACUUUUAGUACUUUCGGUUCCAUUACUUAAUGGCAUCAAGUAAAAAGUUUUGUUUAGUGAGUCAAAAUCAGCUUUUCUAAAAUUGUAUGAACUUCUAUAUAACUGAACGGUCUUUUCAAGUUUGGCUCUCGUACGGUAUUUAUCUCGAAGAAAACUAGAUAUUGACCAGAUUUUAAACCAUCGUCUGCCACUUCGAUUACAGCUUUAAGGUUAGUCACUAAUUCAGGUUACUUUACACAAAUUAAAUCUAAUAUAUUUUGACCGCGGGUUGGAGUAUUACCUGGAAAAAGCAUUGACGACUCAAUAGGAUGCCGUUUAUAUCGUUCAUUUGCGAAGAAAACGCUGUGCAAUGAAACAUUCACCUCAUGCGGGUGCAGUUAUAUGAUCGGUUCUAUUCGUAUAGGUAAUAGCAUGGUUUCGAGUGCAAUUUGGAUAUAACAUGCACGAGUGAGUUUUUCAAAUACCUCAAAAUAGCACGAGUCCGAAGGACGAGUGCUAUUUGAGGUUUUUGAAAAACUCACGAGUGCAUGUUUAUCCAAAUUUCACGAGAAACCAUGCUAUUACUUAAUAUUAAUAAUUUACAUAAAAAUGUUCGAGACAAUUGUAGUUUUAACUUACGCGUUUAUAGCGAACAUUCCACUGGCAAAGUUUUCCUGGCUUUGUUAUAUCACAUUAUACAACGCUAACAGCUUGAAAAUUCCACUCAACUAUGUAAUUUUUGUUAGUCUUGUUUAAGGUAAAUGCUUUUCCAUUUAAAAUAAAGAUAAAAGCCAUAUUUUCCACGCAAAGGCAACUUUUACUUUGUGUAGCGCGGCGCCAUAUUUGUUUUGUUUUGAAGCAAUCUGUGACCGUUACUUCUUUAAUAAACUAAAUUCCUUUAAACUGAUUGAUUGAUUUAACCAUCACAAUGUUUUUCCGCCAAUCAGAUCAGUUUGUUACAGAUUUUUGCACUGUGAUUACAGAAAAUUGCACUGUGAUUACAGAAAAUUGCACUGCUGUUUGGGAUUAACUGCACUGAAAUCAACCAAUCACAGUCGAGUAAUAUCUUUAUGUAUAUUAUUAUGUACAAUACCACACCACGCCAAACGUUGUCAAUGUUGACCAAAAUUCAAAACAAAGGACUGUGCGGACUUUUCAUGACAUUUUGACUCAAAGCACUUCGGAGUGAGUCUAGUACUAUUUCAGCUCGAAAGUCAAAAUCAUCGUUUAGUAUUCGCACCAUUGCGACGAGGCAAUAAUUAGUUUCAAUACCACACAGAGAUAUUACGAUUACGAUCAGGACGCGGGGUAUGCAAACAAAUAAUUGCUUAAUAUCAUGUCCGGUAUUGACUUUCGGGGCUGGAAGAUGAAUAAUUAUUGAAUAUUAAAUACUAGUUUUAAAGUAGGGUGAAUUCAAUAUUUGAGGUAUAGAAAUACGAAUAUUUAGGGUAUAUAGGUAUAUGAAUAUUGCGGAGUGUAAGCAUUUUUACAAUGAAAGUAUGUAUUUAACACCUUAGUUACUUUAAAAUAAACGUGUUUUUUUAGAUCCGGAAAAGAAAUCACAAUGUUUGUUCCAAGUCGCGCUCAAAUAUAAUUCAAAAUAAUAAUGUUGAUGAAAAGUUAUGACUUUUGUGACUUUAAAUGGCACGAAUGGUUUAACUACAGGAAAUGUAACUUGGUGACUGAGUAUUUUGCAGACAUCAUGAGAAGUACGUACUUGACUGCAUGGCGUCAAGUGUACGGAAGAGUUCCGCCUAGCAUGUACUGAACUUCGGUGCAUGUGACAAUAGUUCUGAAUGCGUGGUGUCAAUAUAUAAAGAAGAAUCUCAACGUAUCUUGUAAUAAAGAAUCUUUUCUUAUAAUGCCCUUUGUAUUAAGCCCCACUUCAAUGUUUUGAAAAUAUACCGCCUAGCGACUAUUAUGAGAAAGGUAAACACUGAUGUAGUUUUUUUAUCUUUAUUGUGCAUGUAUUUUCAGCCUGCUCACCUGGCACUGAAAUUGACUGACAGGUUAAUCCUCGAUCUGUCUUACAGAGGAUGAACUUUCAUAUAUGUACUAUUUAAAGCACGCGUAGGAGUGUUUUAUCACAUAUAAAACACGACGCGUAGCGGAGUGUUUUAUAUGUGAUAAAACACGACUACAAGUGCUUUAAAUGGCUUCAAAAACGACUCAUCUUAUACGAGUUCAUUGGCGAAGUAAGUUUUAAAAUAAACUUUAUCUAAACCGAGAAAAUUAAAGCUAAAUUUAUGUAAAUUAACAUGAUUUUUUAUCACAUAUAAAACCACGACACGCUUAUGAUUUUUCUUUGUGUUUUCCUCCUGAAUUAUUAAUGAGGUUUUGAAAUAUAUAUAUAUAUAUAUAUAUAUAUAUAUAUAUAUAUAUAUAUAUAUAUAUAUAUAUAUAUAUAUAUAUAUAUAUAUAUAUAUAUAUAUAUAUAUAUAUAUAUAUUUAUAUAUAUAUAAUGAGUAUGUUCAACUGAAACAUAUCAUUCAACCGAAAAUAAUACUUUUUCGGGAAUUAUACUUAAUUAUAAAUGAAGAUCGGGAUUGUUAUUUGCUUGCUUAAAGAAAAGUGAUUAGUAUUUGCGACUCUUUUUUUCUUUAUAGUUUUAAACAUUAACCGAACUGUUCAUAUUGAGGUUGUUUCGCCAGUCACUUUGCCGGAUAUGUGCUUCAGGGUCAAACGAGAUUGAGUGUUCAAGAAAGUAGGCAGUCACGAAUUGUUUAUACUGGGGACAUUAAGACAUUUCUAGCUCUUGAUCAACAAAAUAAGGGUUUGAUGAUUAUUUCAGCUAUACAAUUUAACUUACAUGCACUCUCAUUCUCGUUCUAUCGGGGCUUUACAUUGAUCGAAAACAGCUUUCCAGGUGAAGCAUGCAUGGAUACAAAGAAACUGAGUUCGCUCCUAACAUCCGCGCGUAGUCAUGCAGUGCAGUACAAUACGGGAAAAGGGAGGGCGAAUACUCCUCCACUAGGACUUGAGUCUUAAGUAAUAGUCGCCGGAAGACAACAAAAAGUACUGCUUAUACUGCAUCUGCUUAGCCAGUCAACUCCAGCCUAAUUCAAAUUCCACUUCAUAUAUUUUGUCAUGUUCCGGGCCGUCACAACACACUUUCAAGCAUUACCCUUAUAACAACUAGUGUCGAAUACAGUCUACAGAACAGAUUGAAUAGGUUUGUACCAAAAUCUAACUGACAGGAACGUUAUCUCCAUUAUAAAUAAUGGCUCAAUUCCAUAUUGGCAGUUAUCCUAAUGUUGGUAAGCGAUAUAUAUGUAUACGAACUUAUUAUUUUUUAUUGUUGACUUAUUGUAUGAUCAUAUAUAUUGAUAAACUAACUAGAAAAACUUAUCACGUUGUAACAAAGAUCAUUGGUGUAUUACAUCACUUUUCGUAAAGGCAACUGACGCAACUCAAUAUUUUACUGAACUCCCUGACAGUGUUUAAUUUAAAAUUCCUUGAUCCAAUCUCUCUAGCUUUAUUUGGAUUUCUAGUUUUCCUGAUAGCCUAUUUGUUCACAUUUAUUAGAUUUGUGCAUAUAGAUAUAUAGCCUAUAUAUGCAUGUACUAGACAAAAAUACCCAGAUAUAUAUAGCUCGCCAACAACGAUCAUCGCUUUCUCUGACAAAGCGUUAUGAAUCAGUAAAAGAUAAAAUGAGCGAGUUAUUGAAAAAAGUCUAUUAUUCGGUAUAUUCGUGAAUUGGGCACUUUUUUGGGGGCAGCUCAUAUCCAGCUUAUAGUUGUAAAUUGACUAUUGCAUGUAAUGCACAAACAGGUGCUAGCUCUUGCAAUAUAGAAACAAAGAACGUGUAUAAAUGCGUUUGCCGGUUGUAUCCAAAGCAUUCAUUAUUGCAUGGAAGGUGUUGUCUGUCCACAGCCCACCUGGCUACCGCACAUUUUUUCAUCAGCAGGCCUGCAUGUUUGGGCUUCGCAUUUCUGUAACGAGCUAGGAGCGGUCACAUUAUUAUCUAAAAACAGGGGCGUAGCCAGCCUCAAAUGAGUGGGGGAUUUCUAUUUUUGGGUCUGCGAAACGCAAUGUCAUGCAUUUAAUUUAGACACGUUUUAUGACAGUCUGAAAGCCACAUAUUUGGUAUAUAUUAUUUUUAUGUCAGAAAUGAGAGCAUUAUACGAGGUUACGCCCCCACCACAUUAGUUUCUCCUGUGUUUUGGAAGAAUUGGUCCUGAAGGGGGGGGGGGUCCGGAAUCUCCUUCCAUUUCCCACGGCGCUGUAAAACACAGCGUGUUUUGCUACGCCCUGCAUUCCCGCACGUGGCUACGCCUCUGUCUAACAAAUGGGCAGACCACGUGCACUCUGAAGUUAAGAUAAUUUCAUAAAUUAUAACAAACAACGUCAUGCAAUUAUGCCAUCAUUCAUGUUGUUGGCAAGUUUGCUAACCUAGCUAGAAAGAAACUCUAAUCUAUACGGAACGGGAUCCGGCUCAAAACAGUAGCUACAAUGCAAGUUAUAAGGCCGAGACACACUGCACGCGAUUCGACAACGCGGCGCGAUUUUUCAAUUUUUGAAAGUUAAUGAAAUAGCCAAUGCAUGAAAGAAAAUUUUAAAAGAUAUGUAGAUCAAAUAACUCAAAAUUGCGGUGCCCGUGCCAUGUUUGGCACCGCAUUAUAUUCUGCCUGUGAGUUUGUCUGUCCGUUUGUUAGUGUGUUCGCAUCAAUACGUUUCCUUAAUCGCCUACUAAAAAUUCCUUGCACAUGCUCGGAAUUUAAUAUUUAACAAGUAUUGAAUGAGGUCGAGCACGAUAUGAAGAAUUAUCAAGCCCGAAGUUUGCCGUUAUCAACCGAAGCCGAAGGCUGAGGUUGAUAACGGCAAACUGAGGGCUUGAUAAUUCUUCAUAUUGUGCGAAAACCGAAUUCAAUAAUUGUUUUAUUAUUUAUUUAAAAAAUUCAAAACAUUUCUAUUUUAUUUGUAUUUGAGAAAAAAACAAUUCCUUAGUCCUUCGGCAGCCGUCGUCGUUCGUCAUAUCAAUGGCGUCAGCGAGUCAAUAUGAUUCUCGUCGUCAUAGUAAUAUGGCGCAAACGCGUCCAAAUUUUUUUCAUAGUAACCCUUUGACGUCAUUUUGCUAAUAUGAAUGUGAAAAAUCCAUAUUUGGUUAGCCAUUGAGUUGAUAUGACAAUUUCACAGUUGGUUGUUAGCCAAUCAGAAACCAGGAAUUUUUUAAAUAAAUAGGCUAACUAUAUAACAAGUGAUUUUGUUAUAUAUAGUUGGUGUCAAAGUUCAAUUUUUCUGCCUGCCGAUUGAUCAAAACCGUAUAACGUACCGGUCCACAAAACGUCAUGUUUGGAAACCGGUCCAAAAUGAAACGUUUAUUGACCGGUCAAUAAUAAAAUGAGUGCAAUACGCAUGCGUGUCAACCAUGAAGUUCCAAAGUUCAUUUUUUAAACUUUUUAUUAAACAUUUACGGCGUUCCAUUUAUCCAGUUUUGGUUUCAAAUUAAGUUCACUCCAAUAACCGGUGAAUUAUUCAUACUUUGAAACUUAUAUAUUAUAUACUAUAUAACAAAACACUUAUUUACUGAGACCUCGGGAAAGCAGUGUGUUUUGUGGCCCCUCGACCGCAGGGCCUUUUUUAAGGAUUUUCCCGUGGGGGGGCAUUUUUUGAAAAGGGACUUUCUGUGAGAUAAUAUAUUACAGGGAGAUAGCAAUGGCUGAAGGCCACGUGUGCGCCGAACAUACCAUGCACGCAUGAAUGAGGGGGGGUGUACUCCCCCAGAAAAUUUUUGAAAUUUGAAGCACGGAAAUGCCAAUUCCUGCAUUCUGAGCAUCCAAAUGCGCUCCAAAAUGUAUACUAACUAUACUUGUAUUUGAAAUAAAAGAAGGAAACAACCCACAAAAAGUAAAAAAAAAUAUUAACCGUAAUUUAUCAUUAUACUUAUUAGAGGGGGAUACCAAUGGCCGAAGGCCACGUGUGUGGGGGCAUAAUCUCCAGAAAAUUUUUCAAAUUUGAAACCUGGAAAUGCUCUUUCCUGCAUUCUGAGCAACCAAAAAAUAAAAAAUUAUUAACAAUAAUUUAUCAUUACUUAGUGGUAGAAAAACGUAACAAUUUAGAUCGAUUUUGUUAAUUAAACAAGGACAAAGGAUAAAGCCUUAAACUUACUUUCCGUUUAUUUAUUUGUUAUUCUUCGCUGUUUUGUUGGUAUAAAUUUAGGAAAAAGGGACUUUUCCUGGGGGGGGGCAAAAUGUGAUUUCGUGGGGGGGUGGGGGGGGCACAAGGGGGGACUGGGGGGGCAAAUGCCCCCCCAGCUUAUAUGUUAAAAAAGGCCCUGCUCGACCGCCGUUGUUGGACUCGGGCCUCACUCGGCUUCGCCUCGGGCAACAACGGCGGUCUCGGGUCCACAAAACACACUGUUUCCCUCGGUCUCAGUAAAUAAAGUGACCCUGGUAACUAACGUAAUUAUUAACGUAAUUUCCCCCAGGCAUUCUUUCCCAACUCCCAGGCAUUCCCAGGCAUUCAACGAAUGUUCCCGGGCAUUCUUUAGUAUAAAAUAUAAGAUUUUUUUAUUAUAAAAUCGUCGCGCUCGAAAGCGAAUUGACCAUUUGCGUAAUAGACUAAAUUUUGAUCUAGACAAAUAUUUCAUCACAGCUUGAAAGAGCAUCACAACAUUAGUAAUAUUCCAAAGUUUCGUUGCGAAAUGUUGUAAAAUGCGGAUAAUAUGGCCUUGUGAAGUUUGCAAUUUUCAGUCAUUUUAGAUUACAAACGGGAAAUUGACAGCCCGAUACGGUUUGAGGCUGUCAGGUUCCCGUUUAUAAUCUAAAAUGACUGAAAAUUGCAAACUUCGCAAGGCUAUAUUAUCCGCAUUUUACAACAUUUCGCAACGAAACUUUGGAAUAUUACUAAUUUUGUGAUGCUUUUUCAAGCUGUGAUGAAAUUUUUGUCUAGACUUGUUUAGAUCAAAAUUUUGUCUAUUACGCAAAUGGGCAAUUGCGAAGUUAUUUACAACAUUAAAAUGUACCUUGUAUUACAUGCAUUAUGUUACAACAAUUGUUUUACGAAUCUAUGAAUUAAUACAGAAAGAUAAAUGUACUUUUAUAUUUACAAAAUUUACAAAUUAUGCGAUCGAAGACACAUUGCAGGAAAAAAGCUUUUCUUAAUUAAAGCGCUCCGUCUUACAAGGAGACAGUGUUAGUCAAUUUCCGUACCUUAAAUUGCAUUUGUGUUCAUUGGCCCGAGACGGUGGUAUUCAAAUGAUUAAGGCGUGAAUCACGCUGUCUCAUUUUGUCAAAAGUUUUUGUGCACAAAGCAUCACGUCUUGCGCGUAAUGUCGAACAUUUGGCUUGGUCUAGAGCUGCGUCAUAGCUUAAUGUGGGAUAGAUUAUUCGCAUUGUGCGCUUCUGGACCCGUUCAAUUUUAUCUGACAAGUUGAUGGUCAAUGAUAAAUGCCAUACCGGACAGCAGUACUCGAGUAGGGAUCUAAUGAGUGAAAAAUAUACUCGUAGCAAAUGUAACGGUGAAACUCCACUGCGCUUGAGAACUCGUAAGAUGUGUAAUCUUUAAUUUUUGAUGCUUUGGUUACUAUCUCACUGGUAUGCAAAUCCCACUUCAGAUUAUUCUGGAUCGCUAAACCCAAUACUUUGUUGGAUUCUAUUCUUUCAACAGGGCCGUAGGAAGCUCUUUUCGAUUGGGGGGUCUGAAAGCGAGGGCCGAAGGCCCAAGGAAAUUGUUAUAUUUAGAGUCUCUGAAAUGCCAUUUCCUGGACUUUGGGGAAGAUUUAACAAUUCUGAUGGUCAGAAAACAGCGUUUUGGUAUGUUGAAAUUUACAAUUUAGUAGUACUAAAUGGGCGAAGGCGUAUUUAAUUAACUAUAUAUUGGAUAAGUUGCAGGAAAGUAUGGGUAAUAUCUUCAUUCUUUGCAGUUUGUCAUGGAUUAAAUGAUAAAGGUCUGCAUGAUUUUGAAAAAAAAAGAUUAUUAGCAAAUUAUUGGAGUGCAGCCCCAUUGUCCUUCCCAGCCCUGUUCAAGACUAAUAUUUUCAACAACUAAGGUGGGUGGAGGCUGCUCAAUAUCUCGUCGAAAGGAGACGAUCAUCUCCUUACAUUUUUGGGGGUUCAAUUUCAUAUUAUUGGCACUUGUCCAAUCACCAAUCGCGUCCAAUUCGUUUUGUAGUAUAGAUAUCUCUCUUGUUGGGACAAUCUCAGAUAUCGUCACGUCGUCUACGUACUUCCAAUUACUGGAACGCGGGGAUACUAUAUUUUCAAAUCAAUAAUCAUUAUGACAAAAAGGAUUGGACCCAAUUUGGUACCCCAGCACUAGUUGAAAGCCAUCGAGACACGCACUCUCCCAGCUUAACACACUGGCGGCGAUUUGAAAGGAAGCUACAAAUCCAUGGGAUUAUUGAACGGCGCACUUCCAAAUCGAUCAAUUUUGUUAACAAUAUUGCGGUCUAUUCUAUCGAAAGCUUUGCUAAAGUCCAGAAAGCAAGCUCUAAUUAAGGUAAUGACUGGGUUGUCCAUUUUAGGAAGCCAGUUGUGGUAAGAUCUAGAAGACAAAGGGUGGUAGAUGUUCCCUUCAGGCUGCCAUACUGACGAUUAUCGAUUUGUCCGCCUAUGUCCUCAACAAUCCAACUAACCACAAAAAAAUCUUCGAGUACUUUCGAUAACACAGGGGUAAGUGCGAUGGGGCGGGUAUCGCUCUCAGCCUGAGUUUGUUUCGCUUUCGGAAUGGGUAUGAUGCUAGAAUCUUUCCAUAAAACAGGUACUAGUCCAUAGGACAAAGAUGUAUUAAAUAUUGAUUCAAGUUCAUAGGCGAACACUUUUAAAAUUCGUGAUGGAAUACUGUCCGGGCCCAUAGCCUUAUUAGUCUGAAGUUUUAAGAGCUUACUACAAACCUCAUGAGGAUGAAUUGUAGGAGGCGGCACCGCAACUGGUAGGAAUGUUGGAAUGCUUCAAAUAUCAAGUGGUGGGAUAUCACCUGCUACACUUACGAAGUAGUCAAUUAGAGACUUUACCAGUUCUCCUUCCGAUAAUAACUGUCCGUUACGCUCAAUUGUAAACUGAAGUUGACUUUUCGCUCGGCCUGACAUUGUGUUAAUAGUGUGCCACCAUUGACGGACAUCGUCUUUUCGCAGGUUAUAGAUCUUUUGGGUAUAUAUAGAAGUUAUUUUUCCUGGUUUUAAUCUCUAUCUGGACCCUCCGUCUGUAUUGGCGCCACAAUUGCGCGUCGCCGGUAUGGAAAGUACGUUGGCGCUCUUUAAUAAGUUGCUUUAUGUGCCCAGUCAUG